GAGGACAGCCACAGGGACGUUUUACCGCACUCAGUACUUUUACUGUAAUACUUGACAGUACUGACAUACUUUUACAGCAGUAACAUUUUCACUGCAGAGUAUUUGUACAGUGUGGUAUUAGUACUUUGACUGUAGUAAAGAAUCUGAUUACUUCCUCUUCCUCGGUGGGAAAAUGUUACACCUCUUAGCUGUAAUUUAUUUAUUAACCUCGACGAGCGCGAGUGUUACUGUCUCUUUAAAUAUUUAACCCUUCCUCCUCAGUGUGUGUGUGUGCGCGCGUGUGUGUGCUUGUGUGUGUCAUGAUGGCCGCCGCGGCUCAGGACUCUCCUCUCUACCUGGGCUUUGACUUCAGCACGCAGCAGCUGAAGGUGGUGGCGAUCGAUGGAAACCUGAAUGUGGUUCAUCAGAACAAUGUGCAGUUCGACUCUGAGCUACCUGAGUUCAGAACUCAGGGAGGAGUUCAUCUCCACACCGACAGACUGACGGUCACCUCGCCUGUACUGAUGUGGGUGAAGGCUCUGGACCUGCUAUUGGACAAAAUGAAGAGGGCGGGGCUUGACUUCUCCAGUGUCAGAGCGCUGUCAGGCAGCGGCCAGCAACACGGCAGCGUGUACUGGAGGAGAGGAGCGUCCGAGACCCUGAAGCAGCUCGACCCGGACCGGAACCUGCACCAGCUGCUGCAGGACACUUUCUCCCUGCCGGACUGUCCUGUGUGGAUGGACUCCAGCAGCUCGCAGCAGUGUCAGGACCUGCAGGCAGCAGCAGGAGGAGCUCUGAGGCUGGCAGAGAUCACCGGAUCCAGAGCCUACGAGCGUUUCACAGGAAACCAGAUCGCCAAACUGCGUCAGACCCGACCGGAGGACUACCAGGACUCUGAGAGGAUCUCAUUGGUCAGCAGCUUCGCAGCCUCUCUCUUCCUCGGUGGUUACGCUGCCAUCGACUACAGUGACGGUUCAGGGAUGAAUCUGCUCGACAUCACGACCAGAAACUGGUCUGAGAUCUGCCUGGAAGCCACCGCUCCUCAUCUGGACCAGGUGCUGGGAGCUCCAGUCCCUUCCACAUCUGUGCUGGGUCCCGUCUCUUCCUACUUUGUCCGUCGAUAUGGUUUCUGUGAGACCUGCAGAGUGGUGGCUUUCACCGGAGACAACCCAGCGUCUCUGGCAGGAAUGAGGCUGCAGCAAGGAGACAUCGCGGUCAGUCUGGGUACCAGUGAUACAGUGUUUCUGUGGAUCCAGCAGCCUCGUCCGGCACUGGAGGGUCACGUCUUCUGUAACCCCGUCGACUGGGAGGCGUACAUGGCUCUGCUGUGCUUUAAGAAUGGCUCUCUGACGAGGGAACGAAUCAGGAACGAGUGUGCUGGAGGAUCAUGGGAACAUUUUUCUGCCGCCUUGAGAGCCACGCCGCUCGGAAACAACGGAAACAUCGGCUUUUAUUUUGACACCAUGGAGAUCACACCUCCAGCCGUCGGAUGUCACCGCUUCGACCCCGACGACAGCGAGGUGUCCUCACUGAGUCCACAGGUGGAGGUCCGGGCUCUGGUGGAGGGUCAGUUCCUGUCCAGGAGACUCCACGCUGAGAGGCUGGGAUACUCCAUCAUUCCAGGAACCAGAGUGUUGGCCACAGGAGGAGCUUCAUCCAACAAAGAGAUCCUGCAGGUUUUGUCUGAUGUGUUUAACGCUCCGGUUUACACCAUCGAUCUGUCCAAUUCCGCCUGUCUGGGAUCAGCCUACAGAGCUCUGCACGGACUGGUAGCAGAAUCUGGGGUUUCCUUCUUUGAUGUGGUGAAGAAAGCACCGGAACCACAACUGGUCGCCACCCCACACCCUUCAGCACGGGAGGUGUACGACCAGAUGCUGAAGCGUUACGCCCAAUUGGAGGAGAGAGUCCUACAGCAGUCCCGCCCCUGAGCCACAGCCACCAAUCAGCUCUGUCGAGGACAUCAUAUAAGGCAAAGAAACUUAAUAAAACACAGAAUUUGGUUUGGACAUUUUACUGAAAAUGAAAUAAGUUGAAAAACUCUUACCUGGAUUUUAUGAGUAAUUAGAGCCGCUCGUCAAUAAAGAAUUACUGAUUGAUGAUAAUGGAAUUUUCAGAAAUACUUAUUACAAAAUAAUUGAACUUGAAAUUGAAUCAGCCACUGAAUUAAUGUCAAAUAACACAGAAAAUGUUUUAAGUUCAAUUCUUCAUGAACACUUUUGAAAUUCAAAUGAAAGCAAAUCUCGAACUGUUCAAGUGUAACCAGCACAUUAAUGUAAUCAGCCGGUCUGAAGGAUCUGGUCUGAGCCGGUCCAGCAAGACGACUCGAGCAGAUUCUUGUGAUUACCGAUCAUAUUAAAGUCGCGUUCACCAUCAGAUUCAUUCCAGAUGUUUUAGAAUGGAUCCAAACCUGGACCCUCCUGGUCCUUUGCUCCAGGAUUCAUUUAAAAAGUACAAAUUCUUCUGAAUAUAUUAGUGGUUAAUGUUAAACUGAUAUACUCACACAAACAUAGUGAUUUAAAUGUUUUUUAUGUAGAAUUGUCAAUAAAUGAAGUGAUGUGAUGAAGAGCA